UUGGCUGGUGCGGCUGUCGGUCAGCGGGCAGGGGCCGGGGCCGGGGCCGGAGCAGCCGGGUGCUGUGAGCGAGGCCAUGGCCGCCACUCUGCCCCGCGGCUGGGAGAUGAAGCGGGACCCCGACAGCGGCUGGCCCUACUACAUCGACCACAACACCGGCACCACCACAUGGAACGACCCGCGGCUCCGCAAGGAAAUGCCGUACCCAGGGUUUGCCUCCAAUUACUGGUAUCCCACCGGACAUCAACCUGGUCCCUAUCCGAAUAACUAUUCUCAAAUGAUGGACCAUCAAAUGCCUCCGCAAGGCUUAGUCAAUGGUGUUUUCUCCUCUGGACGAGCAUCAUCACCGCGACCUGUCCAGGGGAACUCUUGGUAUCCUCCAGGCCCAAGUGAAAACAUACGGGGUGAUCCUGUACCAAGUGAGAGUCACCAACAGCAGCCCUACCGCCAGCAUCCUCAGCACCAGCAGCUCCCUACUCAACAAGCAGGGCUGCCAAGGCCUCCGUCCAACGGGAAUGCUUCCUCUGCACAGUGGGCCCACUCACAGACCGGCCCACCCAACCAGGGUCUGCUGUCGAGGUCGCAGACGCCUGCUCAUCAGUCUUAUCCAUCGGCUCAAGGACAACGGGAGCUGUAUGAUCAACAGCCUCCAUACCCAGUAACGACAUCUCAAUACCACUUUGGAAGCCCAGGUUCUGCCCCUCAACAGCCCCUGUAUCCUCCUCAACAUCAGCCUGCACCCGGCCCACAAUCCCAGCCCUGGCAACCCUCGAUGCAAGCAUCCACUCUUCCCACAGCAGGAGUGCCGUCCCAUGACCCCUGGGCCCAAGUCCGAGUUCCAGGACUGCAGUCAUCUGCAGAGCAGUUCAGUCAUCCGAUGUCAGCUUUUGGGGGCAACGUUGUUUCAGGACCAACACCUAGCUGGCAGAGACUCAAUCCGUCGCCAUCUGUAUACGAUCAGAAAGAUGUUCCAUAUUCCUUAAAUCACCAAGACCCUCUGCCUCGCCUGAACAACACAAACUUCCCAGGGAAUGACCAGCAGCCCACAGGCUACCUCCCAACCCGAACCCCAGAGCAGCUGCCAAGCACCUCCCAAGGCCCACGGAUGGAAUACAGUGCUCCUCCUACCGUGUACAAGGCCCGUGCAGAGAACAAGGGUGCUGGGGAGAAACCUGCUGCUGCCGCAAACAAUGGAAUGGAGCAGGCUGAAGUGCCCAUGCACCCAGGCCAAGUUAAAGUGGAGCAAGUCUUGAACAAUGUGCAGCAGCUGGAAGCAGAGGUGAAUCAGUUUGAUGGAAAGAGAGGAGACAAGACUUACCGCUUACUGGAGGAGCUUCUGACAAAGCAGCUUCUGGAAGUGGAUUCGGUGGAAACUAAUGGUCAAGAGCACAUUCGGCAGGUUCGGAAAGAGGCAGUCCACAAGAUUCAAGGUGUGCUGGAGAAACUGGAGAAGAUUGCAAGGUAGAAAUUGAGGGUAGCAAAAGGAAAGUUCACCAACCACUGUCAGGAGUACAAGUUCAAAUAACUUUACAGCUCUGCUGAUUCACCAGGAGAACUGGAUUGACAGACCAGGGCAACGAGUCCCUUGUUGCCAGUAAACUAUUAACCUGACCUCACUGUGUAUGAAUCAUUCUUGUGCAGACUAGGUUGUUUGGUUUACAGGUACAUUGGAAACAAACCUAGUGUGCUCAACAGGAUUAAACUGUCCAAAUAAAGAAUUUCAGUUUAGUAGUGAGCAUUGUAAGAAAACGUGACCAAUUUCAUGAAUUCCCCCUUUAAGACACAUCUGAACAUCUUUGUAUCAACAUUAGACUGAUUAAAGGCUUCAUCGCAUUUGUCGUUUAAAAUAUUAUUUCACCAUGCUUUGGUGAAGAUAGUAAGGUGAGUGACUCCAAAAAAGGAUAAGUAAAUUGUUUUCUUAGGUGAACCCUGCUCUUGGAGGUCUAAUGGGUCUUUAAACUUGUUAUGUCACUAACUUGCCCCUUUAUGAAGACAUUGCAAUGAUAUUUCUGAACACACGCCAUAUUUUACAGAUAAACAGUCUAAUGAAGUCUAAAUGUAUUUGUAUGCUAAGUGAGAUUUAAAGGACUGAAUCUGAAGACUUCGAGUUCCCUCUCCAAUUGCAAUUGGAGCUGAAGACUGCUUGGAAAAUCAAAGCUGCAAGUGCACAAAAUCUGAAAGAGAAUUAGCUACAAGAAUGGGGAUUCAGCAGCUGGAUAAAGCAGGCACAUUAACAGUAGGCAGCAUGGUGCUGCUUUAGAUUCUCCUGCCGUGCUGGAACCUGAAUCAAUAAUCUGCCUGUUCUUAGCCCACUUGCACACUGGUUGAUGCAGCAACAGUACUAUGUUUUGGUGUCAGUACCUUUCACUAAUUGGUGCUGGGUUACACAAUAAUUGCUAUGAAUUGCUGUGAUUUAGGAGGGUGAUCCAGCCCCAGGAGAAGAACAUAAGAUGAAUGAGAGGCUGGCCAGAGUUCACUGUUGACUUGCAUCCCUUCGUCAAUGAUUGAAUACAGUGGAAGUCAUAUUGCCAUGAGUACAUUGACAUACUGUCAUCGAACCACCUCCAAGUGUGGCGUGGCUCACUGUACCAACCAGUUUCUCCAGAGCUCUGAUCAUACUUAUUACUGUUGGGAAUGUACUUGAGACCUUGGAUAGUGAAUUAUUUUCCCCUUUUUAAAAAGAUCUUCUUCUUUUGCCCUCCUGGUUUCUGGACUCUCAUUCCAAGUUGAUACAUGGAUUUGUAAAGGAAGGAGAUGCCACAAGGGAAAUGUAUAGCCUGACCGAGGCGGAUCAGACACUUUCCACCUUGCUGAUUGUGUGAUUUGCGUCCCGACACUUGAUGUGAGAAGAAUAUCGCUGGGCAGUGUGAGAUGAAAGCAGAAUGAGGUGUGUGGUGGCAGUGUUGGCGAUGUGUGACUAUGGAUUAAUCAGCUGCCUGUUAAGCACUCUUUGGUUUUUUUUCCCCUCUUUUUGCAAUUGCAGAGCCUCCAUGCCACAUGGAGAAUGUGGAGACUUGGAUGGCUGUGGAAUGUCCAGUAGAAAUAAAAAUGAAGCCAGCCGUAUAAAUUCGUUUUCUUUUUGCCUCACUCGUGUUCCAGAAGUCCCAUGGUGUGGCAACCUGGUACCAGAGGGAGGAAUCCAGAUACUGAAACCCUUUCUGGUUUUCUCCAUUCUGUUUCUCAAUCUCAACCCUCCAAGCCUCGGCCUAUUUUUUUUUGUGUGGAGCAAAUUCUCAUGCUGCCCGGGACUCUCUCCAUCCUGCCUGCCCUGUAAAACUGUGGAGACAUUAAAAAUGACUAUUAUCUGCACAGCGAUGAGUGCUGCGGGUCGAUUACACUGUGAAGCAAACCAUCCCUGCCUCGCGGUGCAGCAGUUCUCUGUCUUGCUCUUUUGGAUGGUGGUGACUAAUAUGGACAUCCAAGUUGUCAGUUUGUGCUUUUUGUGAAGAAUGCGUUUAAGAUCUCAGCAUUGAACAGUUAACUGCUUGAUGGCGAGUGUUUUUUGUUGACUGCAUCAGGAGCAGAGACUGAGCUCCCUGUUGAGUGUGGGUGGGAUGGGGGGGAGAGAAUGCAGAAGCAAAGAGCAUUUGCAAAGCCGCCUCACUCCAGCAAGCCAUGUGGGGUGUGCGGAGACUUUGUUUGCCAUGGAAUGUUCCAGAACCAGGUUCCUCUCUUCCAUCCCCCUCCAAUAGAAUUAGCAUAAUGGGAAAUCAGAAGGCUGGUCAGUGUUUGCAUGCGUGCUUUCUGUACAACAGAUGAUUGCUUAUCUGCCCUCUGCCGUAAUAUAGUGGCCUUCAGCACAGGUGUUUUGUCCAGAGUAUAUUUAACUUUAGCAGCUAUCUCUUAGUACGUUCAUCCAUUAGCCCCUGCUCCUUUCUCCUUGUAUAAACCUGUGUUGCAAACCUUCCUUUUGAUUAUAAUCCAUAAUGUUUAAAGUUGCAGGACCCGUGAACAUAUGCUUGUGAUAAUAACUGUCCGGUUCUUUAGGAAUGGGUGAUUUGUUAAUACUAGUUGUGGGGUAGUGUCAAAUAUGUUGUCCUCGUGCACCAGGCUAUAUGCAGUUUUAUAUAUAAAUAUCUAUAUUCUAUAUGCAUGACAGAACAUUUUAUAUUUUGUUAACACUUUGAAGAAUCAAGUUUGAUUGGAAUACAGAAGCAUGAAGUCUAAUGAUAUGAAUGUACGGGCACACAGACACACCCACCCAAACUUGACUCAUUACUGGAUUUUGAGUUUAAGUAUCUGCUCUGGAAGUACAGUCAUAUCCACAAGGGUCCUUUCAUCACCUUUAUUUUCCUUAUGAUUUUAUUGUGUAGCAAUCUCAGGUAUUUUCCAGUUCUUUAGUCACGAAUUGCAGAACUAAAAAUAGGUAGUGGGGACUCACUUGUUUCAAGAAGUGAGAAAAUGUUUCUAAAAAUUAAUUUUUGAUGAGAAAAAAAUAUAUCUUUUAUCUAAAAGCAUAGUGCUUCUUGUGAUGUUGGCCAAGCUAUUUGUUAAUGGCGAUUUGUGUGUUGCCUUCCUUCACCUGAAUGUCGCAGUGUGCUCUGAUGUAUAAGUGUUGGACUGUGGUUGUCUUCCACUCCUUGGCUUGCUCUGAUUUGUGCAAUAAACGUCUGCUUGU